UUAAAAAUGGGUGCUGUUGAGAAAGGCAAGAAGGUUUUUGUUCAGAAGUGUGCCCAGUGCCAUACUGUGGAAAAGGGAGGCAAAGGCAAACACAAGAUUGCGCCAAAUCUCCAUGGUCUGUUUGGGCGAACGAUAGGUCAGGCCCCGGAAUUUUCUUACAUGGAUGCCGUCAAGGACAAAGGCGUCACCUGGGGAGAGGAGACGCUGAUGGAGCAUUUGGAGAAUCCCAAGAAGUGCCUCCCUGGAAUAAAAAUGACCUUCGCCGCUGGCAUUACGAAGACUGCAGGAAGGGCAGACUUGACAGCGUAUCUCAAAAAGGCUACUAAGGAGUAA